AUGAACGUCGACCGAGAAGAACCUCCUCGGCAACCUUUUGCAGCGGCGAGGAUGCAAGCGGCAAAACAGGAUGGCGGGGCAUUCGUUCCGACGUUAAACGGCGGGUCGUUCGCGUCCACGCGCGUCCCGGUCGUGCCGUCGUUAAACGCGCGAGCGAUUGGAGAUUUGGUGAAAAACUGGAAUCUGAACGCCCUCGCUCCGAGCGGCGUCAACGCUGGAUCCGCGACGGCGAUGAACAACGCGAAGAGACAAAAAAGCAAUGGGGGUGGCGCGACGCAACAACAACAACGAGGGAUGCACGCGAUGGUGAAAGUUAUCGACGGUGAGUCGAUGUUGGUGAACAGGUGUUUGAACGAACGCGGGCACGUGAAAACGUCGAACGAGGUGAACGUGGCGUUGAUUUUGAAAGAGUUACCGGCGCACGUGCAAGCGCUUUUGAUGGCGAACGACGAGGAGGAGGCGAAGGAAUGGCAACGGAGGACGAUGUCGGUUGUGAGCGACUUAGAGAGGGAGGAGGAAGAGGAGAACGCGUUCGGUUUUGGAGAAUAUUUGAUGAAUAGUUUGGACGUUUUGAAGAGAGUCGUUUCGCUUCGGUUGUUGAGGAGCGUGAAGCAUUAUUUCGAGAAGAUCGGGUACGAUCCGACGCCGGCGGUUUUGAACGCGGUUUUGUGCGUGUUGAGGAGAAUAUCGAUGAUGGAUACCAAUUUUUUUUCAGAGAAUAACGACAACGACAAAGACUCUAGUAAUACUAGUCUCGAGCUGAAGUGUGGGAUUAUGAAGACGUGCGUUGACAUCGUGACCGGAAUGUGGGAACAGGAUUUGGUCAAAUGCGCGGCGGAGUUGGCCACGUAUCCGGUUCCAACGACGAUAGCGCAAAAAGAAAACAACAGAAAUGGAAAAGAAACUUUUCACGAGGAAAAUAUGCUGAUGGCGUUUUACGAUGCGGCGUAUGCGAUGACGAGAGAAGUGUACGCGACCAUCGACGACGAGAAGCGGAACAUCAGCGAGACGGAGGAGUUUCGCGCAUUUUUAGAUACGUUUGCAUCGUUUGCGUUUAGCACGGAGAUUGUGGAGUACGCGCAUCAUUCUGGUGGGAAAUUGGAAACGAUGAGAAUGGUUCGAUUGGCGUUAGCGUUGCUACAAUACGCGUCGAAGGAAAAUAGCAACCUUGGCGACACCGAACUUUGGACGAGAUUGUGGUACACCGCCAAAGGCGCGCAGUGUUUGAGAACGAUUUGUACCGCAGAUGUAGAUAACGAAAGCGGAGAGACUUUGUACGACAAGUAUUUGCACGAUGUGGCGUUAGAAACAUCAAACGAUGUCGAGAAAGCAGCCAAUGUAGUCGCUCGCGAUUGCUUAAAACUCGCCACGGAGUGCGCGGCGUUAGCGUUUGCGCAAGCGUUGGACGCGGUGUAUCCGAAAUACAACGCGCCUGCAUUUUUUGGAAGCUUCGGUAUGAAUGGGAACGGCGAUUCGAAGAGAUGGCGAGUGUUUGCGACUUUAGCGAGGUGUUGUGAAGUGCUUUGCGAAGACUCCGAGGUUAGAGAUGCGGUUAUAUCCGCGCUCAUCGUUCCGUUGGCAAAGUUUAUGUCGAACGUCGUUCGCGGACGAAGCGGCGACGGGAGCAAGAAGAUAUUCCCGAAACCAGCGGGUACGUUCUUCGUCAUAUUCGAGGAGGUGCGCAUUCGAGGAGGCACGCAAAAAGCGACCGAAACGGUAAAACUGGCGUGGAUGUUCAUCUACGGAACGAUCGCAUCCGCGCAAGCCGCACCUUUCAUGAAAUCCAAAUCCUUUGGCAAAGAGUUCGCUCUCCUGCUGAAAGACGCCUCCUCCGAAAAUCCCGACAUUCACGGCGGCGCACACACCGCCGAACACGUGCGCGAUUUACUGAGCGAGUUGCACGAUAACGUAAAAUCUUUAGUCGGCGCUGAAAACUCCAAGUUAUUCGAAACCUUCUUGGCGGAGUUGUAG